AUGGCACGAACGAAGAAGUACUGGGCCACACGAAGAGAUGAUGGGAACGCCAACUCGUACAAUCUGCCAUGUAGCAACCCGGCUGGUGGUCCGCCAGGCUUCGUACCCGUUGGCAAUAAUACCAAUAGGGGCAACAGUGGCAACGUUCCAGCGCCGCAGCGUGCUCAUAACGCACCGAACCAAGCACCACCAGCUCGAGGUCCGGAAGUUCAGGGCCAAGGUCAGGGCAAUGCUCAGCCGCCGCCGCCGCCGCCGCCGCCGCAGCAGCAGCAGCAGCAGCAACAGCAACAGCAACAGCAGCAACAGCAGCAGCAGCAGCAGCAACCCGAGUUCCACCAAAUGCCCGCUAUGAACAACGCUCGCGGCCCACAACCCGCAGAGGCGGAUCCUCAUCUGCAACCAGGAGAGCAGGCCGAAUUUGGCGAGCGGCCAAGAGGGCAGGGCCGAAGCGAGUAUGCUGAUGCUGAACCCGCUGCUCCUGAUGGCGGGCGGGGCGGAGACGCGAAGAAGAAGAUAAUGAUGAUGACGCAAGGUGAAAUGAAGAUGGAAUGA